AACCAUGCAUCAUCUCAACUCAACAUCAACAUUAUAGAUCAAUACAUAAUCAGCGAGCAGAGCACAGGGCGCUACUCUCGCGCAUACUCAAUAUCGGAAUUAGAAUCCAUAAUCGGCCCCUUCCGCAUGUCCCCACUCGGUCUCAUACCGAAACCAAACUCCAUGAAGUUCAGACUCGUGCAGGAC